GUGGUUUUUCGGGACUCUGCUGGUUUCGACACAUGCGUAAUUGGGGAGACAUUUAUGGACGUUUCAGGGAAAGUGACAGGACAUCCUCUUCAUAAUGACAAAUACACAUUCAGCAGGCCUUUCCUAGUGCCUUUGGAGUUCCCAGCACUAUAGGGGGCAGUGUGGGGGAUAGCUGCCAUAGAACAUCAGUGACUAUCAGAGUGUCCUCUAUACCCCAAUCCUACAAUGGGGGGCAGCAAAAGAAGGCCGCUGAUUUGCUGGUUUAUGGAUUUCUGUAUUUAUAAUAAUAAUUAGCAAAACAAUCCUAUCGCCUAAGGAGCUCUUCUCUGCCACCAAAAUAGAACUGGAAUCUCAAACACAAUCCACAACAGUCUGCGUGCACCUCCCGGCUACAAACAGCAGAGGGCAAAGCUUUGGUUUACAGCUUCCGGUCUGUAGCCGUGCGCUCUCUAUGAUAGCUUCCGUUUAGAGGCAGAAGAGCGGCGCUUGCGCAGUGAGCGUGGCCGUCUCCUAGCAACCAGAAGAGCGACUGUAGCAACUCAAAGAUGGCCAAAGCAACAACCAUUAAAGAUGCCUUAGCCAAAUGGGAAGAAAAGACCGGACUGAAGGCAUCUGAAGCAAAGGAGGUUAAGCUGUAUGCACAGGUCCCACCCAUUGAAAAGAUGGAUGCAUCUUUGUCAACAUUGGUCAAUUGCGAGAAAUUAUCUCUUUCAACCAACUGCAUUGAAAAGAUAGCUAACCUAAAUGGUCUGAAAAAUCUCAGAAUAUUGUCUUUGGGGAGGAAUAACAUAAAGAAUCUGAAUGGACUGGAAGCAGUUGGAGAAGCCCUCGAAGAGCUAUGGAUUUCAUACAAUUUAAUUGAAAAAUUAAAAGGAAUUCAUGUAAUGAAAAAGCUGAAGGUACUCUACAUGUCCAACAAUACAGUGAAAGACUGGGGGGAAUUUUCCAAACUGGCUGAUCUGCCAUGUUUGGAGGACCUGGUGUUUGUGGGGAAUCCCCUAGAGGAAAAACACACCCUGGAGGGAAAUUGGGUGGAGGAGGCAACAAAACGUCUUCCUAAGCUGAAGAAACUGGAUGGAAAUCCGGUCAUUAAACAAGAUGAUGAGGAGGGAGAUGAUUAGUAAUCCUAUUAUUUUAUUUUUUUCCUUUUUUUUAAAUUAUUUAAACUGUUCCAACACAGAAAUGCUUUUAUAAACAUUUUUGUAUAUUUAAAACUU